GUGUUUGCAGCGUGUGCAGAGGAAGAGGAGCUCUUGCUGCUCCUCCCCGCAUCUCAUCACUGCCUGCUCGGCGAGGCUGCUCCGCGGUGCUCCAGCCUCCGCGUUGACCGCCGCAUCGCGUCGUUGACACGCACACACCAACUUCCGCUUGAGAGUCGGCGGAGCUUUUGUUUUGUUUUCUCCGGUUUCGCCUUUACAUGCCGUCGCUUGGGGAUCGUACCGAACGCCCGCCAGCCCGGUGACGUGCCCCCCUCCCCUUCCCCCGAGCAUGUUCACACCAGAGACGAGCACGAGCACCAGCACCGCCCGCUAAGCCACAUUUCACCCCGCGUCACUGAGGAGCAGCACCGGACGCCUUUUCCCACCACGAUGGGGUUCUACGGCACUUUGAAGAUGAUUUUCUACAAAAUGAAGAGAAAGUUGGACCAUGGCCCCGAGGUCCGAUCUUUCCCUUCAGGAAAGAAGCCCUGUAAAGGUCCCGAGUAUCCAAGCCCUACAGGACUGGUCCCUUGCCCUGCCACGCCCACCACCUUCGGCCACAUUAGGACCGCCAACGGUCAGGGCCAGCAGAGGCGGCGGAUCACCUCCAUCCAGCCGCCCACGGGGCUCCAGGAAUGGCUCCGAACAUUUCAGAGCUGGACAGGGCCCGAGAAGUUACUGGCGCUGGACGAGCUGAUUGACAGCUGCGAGCCCACGCAGGUCAAGCAUAUGAUGCAGGUCAUUGAGCCGCAGUUCCAGCGAGACUUCAUCUCCCUGCUGCCCAAAGAGCUGGCUUUGUACGUCCUGUCCUUCCUGGAGCCCAAGGACCUCCUCCAAGCAGCCCAGACGUGUCGCUAUUGGCGCAUCCUUGCAGAAGACAACCUGUUGUGGAGGGAAAAAUGCAGGGAAGAAGGCAUCGAUGAGCCUCUGCCCCUCAAGAAGAGGAAAAUGGUCAAGCCUGGCUUCACUCACAGCCCCUGGAAGAGUGCCUACAUCAGGCAGCACAGGAUAGACACUAACUGGCGCAGAGGAGACCUCAAAUCACCCAAGGUGCUGAAAGGUCACGACGACCAUGUGAUCACCUGCCUCCAAUUUUGUGGCAACCGCAUCGUCAGCGGAUCGGAUGACAACACGCUCAAAGUGUGGUCUGCCAUCACAGGAAAGUGUCUGCGGACGUUGGUGGGUCACACAGGCGGCGUGUGGUCAUCCCAGAUGCGUGACAACAUCAUCAUCAGCGGCUCCACGGAUCGCACGCUGAAGGUCUGGAAUGCAGAGACAGGAGAAUGUAUCCACACCCUCUACGGGCAUACCUCAACCGUGCGCUGCAUGCACCUACACGAGAAACGGGUGGUGAGCGGCUCCCGGGACGCCACCUUGCGUGUGUGGGACAUCGAGACAGGCCAGUGUUUGCACGUCCUCAUGGGCCACGUGGCGGCGGUGCGCUGCGUCCAGUACGACGGCCGGCGGGUGGUCAGCGGCGCGUACGACUUCAUGGUGAAGGUGUGGGACCCCGAGACGGAGACGUGCCUCCACACGCUGCAGGGCCACACCAACAGGGUGUACUCGCUACAGUUUGAUGGGAUCCACGUGGUGAGCGGCUCGCUGGACACGUCCAUAAGGGUGUGGGACGUGGAGACGGGCAACUGCAUCCACACGCUAACGGGACACCAGUCACUCACCAGCGGCAUGGAGCUCAAAGACAACAUCCUGGUCUCGGGCAACGCGGACUCCACAGUCAAAAUAUGGGACAUCAAGACGGGACAGUGUCUGCAGACACUGCAAGGUCCCCACAAGCACCAGAGCGCCGUGACGUGCCUGCAGUUCAACAAGAACUUUGUCAUCACCAGCUCGGACGACGGCACGGUCAAACUGUGGGACCUGAAGACGGGCGAGUUCAUCCGCAACCUGGUGACGCUGGAGAGCGGCGGCAGCGGUGGCGUGGUGUGGCGCAUCCGCGCCUCCAACACCAAGCUGGUGUGCGCCGUGGGAAGCCGCAACGGCACCGAGGAGACCAAGCUGCUGGUGCUGGACUUUGACGUGGACAUGAAGUGAGAGGAGGACCUGCUGCUUCGGAGGCGGGGCUCGGGAGAAGCCGUGCGAGAUAAGCUGCUGGGCGGGGCUUACCAGCCCACGUGGGAGGAGCUUGUUGCCACGCGAGCACGUCCGAUGUACAGAGAGAUUAUUUUUGGAAAAAAAAAAUUUAAAAAGCUUAAGCCCCGCCUUCCCCCCCGCCUGCUAAAAGGAAGCAUACAGGAAGGCCUGGAGAGGAAUUUCAGCCAGGAAGAAGGAAACGCUCCCAUUCUUGUUCCCGUUCUGCUCCUUGACACACCAAGAGGUUCCUCCUGUUCCUCUGUGGUUGGGAAUUCCAUCUCUCCAAGCGGUCAGUCAGUCCGGUCUUUGCUUUCAGUUCAGCCUGCCGACUCCCACACUCGCUGGCAGGCCCAAGAGGCUCCACCCACCCACCCACGGCCAAACUGUACCAAUGCUGCUAGACGAAAAGACUUGCUGUGACGUUUUAGUCCCAGGCCAAAUUCCAAAAAAAAAAAAAAAAGUUUUUUUUUCUUUUUGCUUUUUUGCCACUGAAACUUGAGCCAAACGUGCCUCAACGAGGCGGAGAGAGGACAGAAGACGGGAGGGAGGGGGCGGACGCUUGGUGGCGUGCAUGAGUGCGAAAGGACACAUUCCUUGGGACACACGACAGUGAACAAGCAGUCCUGGUGUGUGUGCGUGCGUGUGUGUGUGUGUGUGUGUGCGUGUGUCCCGUUGAAAGAUGUCCCAUCACACGCUUCUACUGAUGGACGCCGUGUUUGAGUCGCUGGAGAAGAGAGAUUGAAAAGAGAGGAAAAACCCCAACAUUGUAGCCAAACUCUCCAAAAGUCCCAAGCAGAACUGUGAAGAGGUUUAACACUGUAUAGUACAAAAACACAACUUGGCUCUUUCUCCUCCUCUUCUCCCGCUCUUUAAUUUAUCAUCUGGUUUGACAAAUCAGAUUUAUUGCAGGUGUUUGUUUUGGAUUUGGAGCUUGGUUUUUUUUUUUGGUUUUCUUUGUUCAUGUAAAGAAAAAAAGAGGACUAGACCAGAAAAAACCUUAAAGGGAUUAUUGUGUAUUUGUUUCUUUUACUUAGAAUUUUAUUUUCUUAUAACUUAAAGUGCAAUAAAAAUGUGGGGUUUUGUUUUUUUUUUGUUGUUUUUUUUUUCAUUUCAAGCACAUGUGUUGUCUGUUUUGUUACAUGUGAAGGAAUCUUCUAUGUCGAAUAAAGCAAAUUAUUUGGGUAA